UGUUUCUCCUGCAGUACGCAGGCUUAAACCAUCUGUCCUUUGAUCCUGCUGGCAACAACAAACCUCUGCAGUUCGGCAGCGCUGCUGACCCACGGGUGUCGGAAAGCCCAGCCGAGGAUGGAAGCGAUCCAGGCAAGAAGAGGAAGAGAGCAAAUGUUCCUCCAGCAGAUGGUGGCAGAAAUCUAAGCCUCGACUCCAUUCCGAUGGGCUUGCCAAUGUCAGACCCAACUGCCUGGACCACUGCGAUGAACAAUCUCGGGAUGGCUCCCAUGGGGAUGACGGGACAGCCCCUCCUGCCGGAUUUUGAUCCUGCUCUCGGGAUGAUGACUGGAAUCCCUCCGAUCAACCCCAUGAUGCCAGGCCUGGGGAUAGUCCCACCUCCCAUCCCUCCGGACAUGCCUGCUGUCAAGGAGAUCAUUCACUGCAAAAGCUGCACCUUCCCACCUAACCCACAUCUUCCCCCGCCAGCAACAAGAGAGAGGCCCCCAGGGUGUAAGACAGUGUUUGUGGGAGGACUGCCGGAAAACGGAACCGAGCAGAUCAUUAUGGAGGUGUUUGAACAGUGUGGGGGGGUCAUAGCUACUAAGAAUUUCUGUCACAUCCGCUUUGCCGAGGAGUUCAUGGUGGACAAGGCGCUUUACCUUUCUGGCUAUCGCAUCAGGCUGGGCUCCAGCACGGACAAGAAGGAUACUGGGCGCCUGCACGUGGAUUUUGCUCAGGCUCGGGACGAUCUGUACGAGUGGGAAUGUAAGCAGCGGAUGCUGGCGAGAGAGGAGCGCCAUCGCAGGAGGCUGGAGGAGGAGCGCUGCCGGCCGCCCUCCCCGCCUCCCGUCGUCCAUUACUCCGACCACGAGUGCAGCGUUGUCGCUGAGAAACUGAAAGAUGACACCAAGUUCUUGGAAGCCAUCCAGACCUUGCUGACCUGGAUAGAGCGUGGGGAAGUGAACAGGAGGACUGCCAACAACUUCUACUCCAUGAUCCAGUCGGCCAACAGCCACGUUCGCAGGCUAGUGAACGAGAAAGCAGCUCACGAGAAAGAGAUGGAAGAAGCUAAGGAGAAAUUCAAACUUGCUCUCUCGGGGAUUCUGGUGCAGUUCGAGCAGAUAGUGGCCGUGUACCAUUCUGCCUCCAAACAAAAGGCUUGGGACCAUUUCACGAAAGCUCAGCGUAAGAACAUCAGCGUGUGGUGCAAACAAGCAGAGGUUGGUAACUUUUUAUUGUGUUGUAAGUUCUCCCGGUGGGAAGAGGCUGUGAGACCGCUGGUGGGGCCUCUUCCAGGAGUACUUGCUGCUGGACUCAGCCUGCUGGGCUCCCCCAGCCCAGGGGCUUCUCUUGACAGAAGAGACGUCGUGAAGAGUGGUUGGGACAAAUUAAUUUUGGUACUCUGGAUUUGUAACUGGGCGGUGGGAGCUACAGAGACACUGUGCACUGGGGGGAGCACCCAAAGGUGUUGUGCCCCCACGUAUUUGACUUUUGAUCCCUGCCUGCCUUGUUCUCCAGCACUGGUGUCACAGGUGGAAGCCCUGAAAGAAGAAAAUGACAGUCUGCGCUGGCAGCUGGACGCCUACCGGAACGAGGUGGAGCUGCUGAAGCAGGAGCAAGGCAAAGCGAGCAGGGAUGACGACACGACCAAGGAGCAGCAGAUGAAGCUUCUCCAGCAGGCUCUGCAGGGGAUGCAGAAGCAUCUUUUGAAGGUACAAGAUGAAUACAAAAAGAGAGAAGCCGAGCUAGAAAAAGUGAGAGAAGACAAACUGAAAAUAGAAACCUUAUUAGAAAGCCUGAAGGAGCAGCAAAGCAUGGCAGAUGAAGAGGACAAGGAGAGGGACGCAGUCGAUUGUCAAGGGAAUGAGAGCAGCACGUCCAGAGUUUGUGCAUGCAGCCAGGAGAAGGAAUGUCCGGUUGAGAAGACAUUGAGCAAUAGUCCUGUGAAAUCCGAACGAGAAGUUCUCUUAGUAGGAAUCAUUUCAACGUUCCUUCACGUGCACCCGUUUGGAGCCAGCAUAGAGUACAUCUGUUCCUACCUGCAGCGCCUGGACAGCAAAAUUUGCACCGCGGAAGUGGAAGUUCUCAUGACUCGGCUGCAGAACACCUUCAGGCAGGAGCUGAGCGGGGUGGGGGCCAGCCUGGAGAAGAGGUGGAAGUUCUGUGGCUUUGACGGAUUGAAAAUGACGUGAGCUGUGACGUGAUGCCGAAAACAGCCACAGGAUCCGUACGCCGAGCACACCUGGGACGCCUCUUGGCUCUGUUCACGAUGAUUCUCUUGCACGCGUCAUGGACUCGGGUGGGACGAUAU